AUGUCACUCGACCUCACGCUCGCCAAGGAUGCCUACGCCCACGCAAAGAUUGCAUUUGUCUCCGAUCAUUCAGGCUCGUCAGCAUGGACCGUCGCUCUUGUCAUCUCAGCCUGUGUACUUUCGUACGCCCUCACUGCCUUGCUACAAGACCGGCAUCACCUACCACACAACAAUGGACUUGUAGACUGUGCAGCGCUCGUACUGCCCAUGCUACUUAGCGUGACGCUACUCGCGGAAUACCUGAUGCCACUCAACGCGACGCUGCUCGUGCUCACGCUUCUGCUUGUUGCCACCUCACCAUCUACAAAGGAAGCAGAAGCAGAUGAGAACCCGGACGGAUCCAGGCCGCUACCGGGCCGGACGUUUCUGACCGCCUACAGAGCUCAUCUGCUCCUCCUCACCGCCAUCUCUAUCCUAGCAGUCGACUUUCCCGUCUUUCCUCGCUACUUUGCCAAAUGUGAGACGUACGGAACCAGUCUUAUGGACAUUGGCGUCGGAUCUUUCGUCUUCUCGCUCGGGCUUGUCUCUGCGCGUCCCCUGUUGCUCAGACCGGGCGACACGCUCUUGCAACGUAUGCCCACCGCGAUCAAGAGCAGUGCCAUCACGCUCUUGCUCGGCCUUGCGCGCGUGCUCGCCGUCAAAGGCACAGACUACCCCGAACAUGUUACAGAGUACGGCGUUCAUUGGAACUUCUUUAUCACGCUCGGUAUCUUGCCAGCCGUUGGCGCACUGGCAGCCUCACUGCGCCGCUACAUUUCUUUCACAACCCUCGCCACUAUAUUGCUCAUCCGUCACAAUACCUGGCUACGCUCCGGUCUUGCAGAAUGGGCUCUUGAAGCAGAGCGAACUGACCUCAUCUCAAUGAACAAAGAAGGCAUCACUUCGCUCUCUGGUUAUAUCGUCAUCUAUCUUUUUGCAGCCGACGUGGGCUUCCUCGUUCUGCCGCGAUCUGGCAGAUCAGGCCGAGAGGAGCUCACUUCGUUAGCUCUGCGACUCGCUCGUGAUAGCAUGGUUUGGCUGUCGAUGUAUCUAGUCUCGACGCUCUACAAAGACCUACCAGUGUCGCGACAACUGGCAAAUGCAAGCUACGUGCUUUGGAUCAUGGCGUUCAACACCGUCUCGCUUGUUGCGUACAUCCUGAUCGACAUUGCACGCACGACUGGCACUCGCGUGCCUCGACCGCCCUUACUGAUGACCGCGAUCAACAAAAGUGGCAUGACGACAUUCCUCCUGAGUAAUGUUCUGACUGGCCUGAUCGGCAAGACCUUCCAAACGAUCUACAUGACAGACGGCCCGGCGCUUGCAAUUCUAGGCGCUUACAUGCUCACGGUCUCUCUGGUAGCCUGCUGGCUGUAUCGACGCGGCGACAGACUUCAAUCAAUGAUAUCUGCAUAG